CUUGACCACACUUCAGUGAAUGGGCUGGCCUCACCAGUCAACCACGACCCCAAUUCCUCCCCAGAUCUCAGGAGAGGUCGAAGAUUCCCUAUCAAAUGGCCACAGCAAAUGUGCCUCCACUCCCUAAGCCCGAAUCCUCACUCUCUUUCACACAAGGCCUACUCCUCGGCCAACUCUCCGUCGUCCUACUGCUAGGGGCCUUCAUAAAAUUCUUCAUCUUCGGCGACCCCCCCUCCGCCGACGUAACCGCCUCCCUCCGCGCCACAGAACGACGUUCUCGAACCCUCGCACACAAACGCUCACUCCUCUCCCUCCGCCCGACAAUACCAUCCUCCACACAAAACAGCACACUACAAAAAAAGCGCAGCUCCGUACUAAGAAACCCGCCGCCCUUAAUAACGAACACGAUCCUCAGCAAAACCCUCGACUGGUUCAACGUACUAAUCGCGCAAACCAUCGCGCAGUUCCGCUCCGACGCACAUCACGAUAACGCGAUCCUCACUUCGCUCACGCAGGCACUGAACUCGAACUCACGCCCCGAUUUCCUAGAUGAGAUCAAGAUCACGGAGCUAAGUCUCGGGGAGGACUUCCCGAUCUUCAGUAAUUGUAGAGUGAUACCUGUAAAUGAGGAUGGGCUAGUAUUGGGGGAUGUGAGGAAGGGUGGGAAGGCGGGGGAGAGGGAAUAUGGACGGUUGCAGGCCAGGAUGGAUGUUGAUUUGGCGGAUUUUAUUACGCUGGCGCUGGAGACGAAACUUUUACUUAACUACCCGAAACCGCUAGUUACUAUCUUGCCUGUUGCGUUGGCGGUUUCUAUGGUGCGGUUUUCGGGGACAUUGAGUAUUAGUUUUGUGCCGGGGACGGCUGGGAAUGCUACGACGUUGGCGUUCAGUUUCUUGGAUAAUUAUAGAUUGGAUUUGAGUAUCAGGAGUCUGGUGGGUUCGAGGAGUAGAUUGCAGGAUGUGCCGAAGAUCGCACAGUUAGUAGAGCAGAGGUUGCAUAUGUGGUUUGAUAAACGGUGUGUGGAGCCAAGGUUUCAGCAGAUCGAGUUGCCGAGUUUGUGGCAGCGGAAGAAGAAUACGAGGGGUGGGGAGGAGGGAAUUGGUGUUGAGAGGGAAAGUUUGGGGAGGGCGAAGGGGAAGGAGGCGAGGAGAGAGGUCGAGGCGGAGCAGAGGGCGAAAGUUGAGACACGCGGAGAGGAGUACGCGAUGCCUGGCUCAAUGCCGGGUGGGUUGACUUGA